AUGGCCGAUGGAAGCCUGGCCGACUACGUCUACGACCACUGGCCAAAGCCAUUUGUUGCCUGUUUGAUGUUGCAGUUGUUGAACGCGCUUAGCUACAUUCAUGCACAGGGAAUAGUUCACGACAACAUCAAACCAGACAACAUACUUCUCAACAAUGGCACUGUGAAAAUCACCGACUUUGGCAAGGCGUUGUACCUAAAGGAAGAGCAGGAGGAGGCAAAAGAACAGCGAAACAAAAUUAGCGCCAUUCGAUACACCGCUCCUGAGAAGGCCCGAGCCCGACUGGAGGGUGGAAAUUCAAAACAGGAUGAGUUGUCCACUGCCUUUGAUAUUUGGUCACUGGGCGCCACACUGUACGAGCUUCUUGAAGGAAAAUGCCCUUAUCACGAGUACGACAGCAAAAAGGUUCUUUUGGCCAUCUGCACUCAUGGAUUCUUUCUGUCAAAAGAUGGAAAAUAUUCACCCACAUUGAAGAGUUUUUUCUCACUAAUGACACAGUUCAAACCUGCUGAUCGACCCUCUGCUGAUGUUCUUCUCGCCGAUCCUUUUAUUGCCGAAGCCAGCACUCCCACCGAGUUGGCCGCUUUUAUCAAAAAACUGAAGGAUAACAUUCAAUUGACCAUAUAA